CGUGUGCUGUACCCGCUAACAGUUAUCGCACGUAUAAAAAGAGAGGCCCCUACGGUUUAAGCCUUUCAGAGCGGAAAAGAAAAAAAACAGAGAGGAAGAAGGGCUCUGAGAGCUUCAAUCUUAAGAUGGAUCGGUACCAGAGGGUGGAGAAGCCAAGACCAGACACACCGAUUAAUGAGAAUGAGAUAAGGAUAACAACUCAGGGGAGAAUGCGCAACUACAUCACCUAUGCCACUAGCCUUCUUCAAGAAAAGGGAGCCAAUGAAAUUGUCCUGAAGGCUAUGGGAAGGGCUAUCAACAAAACUGUGAUGAUUGCAGAAUUGAUCAAGAGAAGGAUUGUUGGUUUACAUCAGAACACAGCAAUUGGUUCAACUGACAUAACGGACAUGUGGGAGCCUUUGGAAGAAGGCCUUCUUCCACUUGAAACUACAAGACAUGUAUCAAUGAUCACGAUUACUCUGUCUAAGAAGGAGCUCGACACAUCCUCAACUGGAUAUCAAUCACCAUUACCGGCAGAUCAGGUGAAACCAUGGAAUGAAUUUGACUAUGAAGGAGAGGGUUCACCUGGUUUAAGGGGCAGAGGACGUGGAGGGCGUGGAAGGGGCAGGCCCAGAGGGAACAUGAAUGGGGUGGGUGAAUACAAUGGAGAUGGAGGUUGGGAAGGUGGUCGUGGUUAUGGUCGAGGUCGAGGCCGUGGAAGGGGCCGCCCAUUCCGUGGGCAUGGACGUGGCUAUGGUGGUGGAGAAAUGCAGCAAGAGGCAGGCGGUUACAAUGACUUCGGUGGACCAGAUGCACCACCUGCACAAGGGCGAGGGCGUGGUCGUGGCAGGGGAAGGGGCCGUGGGCGGGGAGGACGUGGUGAUUAUAGAUCAGAUGGGCCGAUCCAGGCAGCAGCUGCAGGAGCGGAGGCCGGUUAAAGCUACUUGAUUGUGUAUCAGGGUAAGGGAACAGUUCAGCUUAGAAAAACAUAAUUGGGAUGCCUGCUCUGCUCGUGCAAGUGUUUUGUGGGAAGUUCUUUUAGAAAAGCAAAAAAGAAAAAGACUACAAUAGAUAGUGUCUAUGUAUUGUUCUUUUCUGUUGGAGAGCCGUCGCUGUUGCAUGGAGGUGGCAGCGGCUGUGUUUUUGUAGGUAGGGCGCUUCGUGAUUUAUUUUUAUUAACAUACAUCAAAAUUGUAAAAUUUAGUUUUCUUUUUGUUGUUGGAGAAUAAUAGAGCAGUACAUUCUUUUAUUCAUUAUGAGACCUUCUAGACUUCUAUUU